GUGGCUUCAUAAUCCUUACUACGGAAUAGUGUUACGUCUGUGAGCAAAAUUGAAAAAGGAAUAGACAUCCAAAGAUUUCUUCAAAGAGUUGGAAAUAAAUGAAGAUAAGAAGUAGGGAAAAAAGCAACACCACUAGAGAUUUAAUAAAAGCAAGAUUUUAGGAAACAAUUUUCCGAAGAUAAAGAAGCUCUGCUGGAACUGAAAAGAUACUGAAUCUGACAGCACAGUUGGUCACAUUGUCAAGAAGCUACAGCCUCAGAAACAUUAUGAAGGCUCUGCUUGUAUCUUUGUUGAGUCUGCGUCUGGUCAUGGGAAUGGGUCACUGGUGUGAACGCAGAGUGGAAGAUAAACUGGAGAAGAUCAUCUCCCCUCGCCUGCAGCUUGAAGUGGCAUGCUCAAAGGUGUACCAGUUCAACACUCAAGGCUGGAGGUUGGAUGUAGACAGGAUGCGACACACACACGGGGGUGAUGAUGGCAUUGCCCUGUAUUACAAAAGACAAGGACCCAAUGCUUCCUGCUUCCUAUUCAAAGCUGCGAACAUUGUGACUGAACGAGUGAACAGGACAGUAAGGGCCUGCUGCGAAGGCUGGUCUGGUCCGCACUGUUCACAGGGAGUGAGUAUCCGGGGUCUGUGUUUCUCUACGUGGAGUUGUGAGGAAUUUCCCGGGGUUCAGAAUUCCUCUCUGAUGCCUUUUGAGCAAUGCUGUGGCAGCCUGUGGGGUCUUAGCUGGAAAAAUGCUUCUGACCAGUCCUGCUUGUCCUGUUCCUACAAUCUCUUGCCAGAUGCUCAGCCAUCACCCCUUUUUCAUAGGGGUCUUCUUGGGGGCAUUCGAGAUCCCAAGGCCUCUGCCACUUGCAUGAGCUGGGGUGGAGCACAUUAUCGUUCUUUCGACAGGAAGCACUUCCAUUUCCAUGGUGGUUGCACCUAUGUGCUGGCCUCCUCCACUGAUGGGACCUGGGCUGUCUACAUUAGCACUGUGUGUGAUGGCAGAGGACACUGCAGCAAGGCAUUGAAGAUGAUGUUGGGACUUGACCUUGUGUCUGUACAUAAGGGCAACAUAUCACUCAACGGUGUCCUGUUACAGCAGGGUGAACCUUUCUUUCGAAAUGGAGUGAGUAUUCACUGGCUGGGAGAUUUUGUGUUUGUUGAAAGUGGAUUGGGCAUCAGAGUGAAAUUCGACAUGGGGAAUACUGUAUAUCUGACAGUUACUGCAGAACACUUUGCUGCUACUAGGGGCCUCUGUGGAUUAUACAACAAUAAUGCAGAUGAUGACUUCACCAGUAGGAGUGGAAGUGUAUCACAGUAUGCUGCCAGCUUUGGAAAUUCGUGGCGUGUUUCAAACCAAGAGACAGAGGACUGUAGUGAUGCGGCGGAGUUGGGCCACAGCUGUGACAUUACAGGUGACAUCAGCUUGCGUAGAGCGGCAGAAUUGACAUGUCACCAGCUCAAGGAGAGUCCCUUUUCACAAUGCCAUCAUCGAGUGGAUCCAGGUCCCUAUGUCGAUACCUGUCUAUAUGUGUACUGCAGUUUGGGGGCAAAUGAGAGAGAGGCAGCUGUGUGUGAUACGCUCGCUAGCUAUGCCCGUGAGUGUGCCCAACAACAUGUCAUCCUCAGCUGGAGGGGCCCUGGUCUCUGUGAGCGAGUGUGUCCUGGGGGUCAGCUUUUCUCAGACUGCGUGUCUUCCUGUCCCCCCAGCUGCUCCUCAGCUCUUCCUCCAGCAUCAGGCCAGUGUCGGGAGGAGUGUGUUGGGGGUUGUGAGUGUCCUCCUGGGCUCUAUCUGCAUGACGGCCAAUGCUUACGGCGGGAACACUGUCCGUGCUUCCAUAGGCGACGCACAUAUCAGGAAGGAGACACUAUAAAACACAAGUGUAACACCUGUGUGUGUCAGGCAGGCCAGUGGCAGUGUUCUGCAGAAAGGUGUGCAGCUCAGUGCAGUAUUAUUGGGGCAAUGCAAAUCACUACUUUUGAUAAGAAGAAGUAUAACCUCCAGACUGGUGACUGUCAGCUCACAGCCGUUGAGGAUUUUGUGGAUAACAAACUUGCAGUGACCAUCAGAGGCGGGGAGUGUGUAAAGGGAGGUGGCAUGCGCUGCCCAUGGGAGACAACCAUCACUGCCCUCCAUACCACAAUCACCCUCACUAACACAGGUUCUGUGAUGCUGAAUGGACAGCCAGAGGAUUUGCCGGUGUUAACGGCUGAUCUGGCUGUGCGGAGAUCAUCUUCAAGCUUCCUCAUGAUCUAUGUGUUUGGGGCUCAGCUGCUGUGGCACACUGAAGGCCCUCUGAUCCUCAUCACUCUGCAGCCAGGCUUCGCUCAUAAGGUGAGAGGUCUGUGUGGAACACUGACUUGGAAUCAACACGAUGACUUCACCACACCAGAUGGGGACAUUGAGAACAGUGUGACGUCCUUCGUCGCAAAGUUUAGUCUUGGAUCAUGCAAUUUGCCCUCAGCAGUGACCUCAGACCCCUGUAACACCUACACCCAGCGCAGAGAGUAUGCAGAGAGUGUCUGUGCUGUCAUCCACAGUCCUGUGUUUCAGAACUGUCAUGACGUGGUGGAGCGGGAGCCGUACAUGCGCCAGUGUCUGAGCGAGGUGUGUAGCUGCACCGCGCACAUGCAGUGUCAGUGUACUAUCCUCACUGCCUAUGCUCUACACUGUGCGCAGGAGGGGGUGCUAGUGAGCUGGAGAAACCACACCUUCUGCCCGAUGCAGUGUUCUGGGGGUCAGGUGUAUCAAGAGUGUGGCCAGCCAUGUGGAGGCUCAUGUACUGACCUGCAGCAGAACUGGAGCUGCCAAGUGGAUGCAGGUGCUCGGAGCUGUGUACCAGGCUGCCAGUGUCCCGCAGGUCUGGCACAGGAUGACCAGGGCCAGUGUGUGCCAGUCAGCAUGUGCCCAUGUGUUCAUGCUGGAGUUGUCUAUCGGCCAGGAAGCUCUUUGCAGAUCAACUGCAAUACCUGUGUGUGUGGACACGGUGUGUGGAACUGUACUGAUCACACCUGCCCUGAGGUUACAGAAUGUCCAGGCUCUCUGGUCUUCUCCCCUCGAUCUUGUCUGAGGACCUGCUCUAAUCUGGACAAGGGGUCCUGUGCAGAGCCCGUCUAUGGCUGUGUCUGUCCUGAGGGAACUGUGCUCUUGGAUGAUCAGUGUGUGUCUCCUGAUGAAUGUCCAUGUCACCACAAUGGCAGGCUCUUCUUCACAAAUGAUACCAUUUCUAAAGACUGCAACACAUGUGUAUGUAAGCAGCGUCGAUGGCACUGCACCCAGUCACUGUGCGCUGGAACAUGCAUAGCUACGGGCGACCCACAUUAUGUGACCUUUGACGGUCGCUGUUUCUCCUUCCUGGGAGACUGUGAGUACAUGCUGGUGCAGGAGAAAGAAGGUCUGUUCAGCGUGACUGCAGAGAACGUACCCUGCGGCAGCACUGGGGUCACCUGCACCAAAUCUGUCACACUGAGCAUCGGCAACACUGCCAUUCACCUGCUCAGGGGAAAGGCUGUGACAGUAAACGGCAUGCCUGUGACUCUUCCCAAGUCUUACUCAGGCAGUGGCUUAGUGCUGGAGAACAUCGGUCUGUUUGUGUCUCUCUCGUCUCGACUUGGCAUUACGCUUCUUUGGGAUGGAGGCAUGCGUGUCUAUGUACGGUUGGAACCCCACUUGCGAGGCCGGGUUGGGGGUUUGUGCGGGAACUUUGAUGGAGACACAGAGAAUGACUUCACCACAAGGCAAGGAAUAGUGGAGUCCACACCAGAGCUGUUUGGGAACUCCUGGAAGGUUAGCCCAUCCUGUCCUGAUGUCUCCGAGCAAGACCUGCGUGACCCCUGCAACAUUAAUCCUCAUAGAGUGAGCUGGGCAAAGAAGAAGUGUGCAGUGAUUACCCAAGAGCUAUUUGCCUCAUGUCAUGCUGAAGUGCCUCACCAGCAGUACUAUGAUUGGUGUGUCUUUGACGCUUGUGGCUGUGAUUCAGGAGGAGACUGUGAGUGUCUUUGCACAGCCAUCGCUGCCUAUGCUGAGGAGUGUAACCGCAGAGGAGUCUACAUUCGCUGGAGAUCUCAAGAGCUUUGUCCCCUGCAAUGUGAGGAUGGUUUGGUUUAUGAAGCCUGUGGUUCUGCUUGCUCUGAUGUCUGUCCUGGAAGCUCUCCUAGUGCUGACUCUCACUGCAGGGCCCUAUCCUGUGUGGAGGGCUGCUUUUGCCCUCAGGGCACCGUCCGCCACGGCGACAGCUGUAUUUCUCCUUCUGAUUGCCCGUGUGAGUGGGAUGGCUCACUGUUUCCUCCUGGAGCUGUUGUAACUCAACACUGCCAGAACUGCUCCUGUUCUAACAGCACCUGGCACUGCACUGGCCCUGCAUGUCCUCCCACUGCUCCCUGUCUGGAUUCAGAGUUCCAGUGUAGCGGUGGCUCUCAUCGCUGUAUUCCCUCUCUCUGGCUCUGUGAUAAUGAGGAUGACUGUGGAGAUGGAUCAGAUGAGCUUUGUCCCACCACCUGUCCUCCCGAGCAGUUCCGCUGCUCUGGAGGAGCCUGUUUACCCCUGGAGCUGCGCUGUAAUGGCCAUCCUGACUGCGCUGAUCAGUCCGAUGAGGAGUUUUGUGCUCCAGUUCCAGUAGUCCCAGGGUGUGUGUCUGGAGAGUUCCAGUGUGCUAAUGGACGCUGUCUGUCUGCUGCUAAAGUGUGUGAUGGAAGAUUGGACUGUGGGUUUGCCGAUGACUCAGAUGAGCGAGACUGUGGAGUGGUGUGUGCUGAACAGGAGUUCCGCUGUUCAGCCGGACGCUGCAUUCUCUAUCUACAUCGUUGUGACGGUCAUGAUGACUGUGGAGACUUUAGCGAUGAGCGUGGGUGUGUUUGUGCUCCGGGAGAGUUCCAGUGCCCUGGUGAUCAGUGUGUGCCUGCAGAGAGAGUGUGUGAUGGCCGUAAGGACUGUCCAUCUGGGAUUGAUGAAGUUAUCUGUCCUGUUAAAGACUGUAAUCAGCAUGAGUUUGGAUGUGUGAAUGGUCAGUGUGUACCACUGGCUUGGCGUUGUGAUGGUGAAACAGACUGUCUGGACGGAAGUGAUGAACAGCAGUGUGCUCGUGCUUGUGGGCCUGACCAGGUCUCCUGUCAGAGUGGAGACCAGUGUGUCCAGCAUGUGCAUCUGUGUGACGGGACACCACACUGCCGGGAUGCCUCUGACGAAAGCGUGGACAAUUGUGGGUCCACACGAAUCCCACCCUGUCCUGGCAGCUUCUCAUGUGAUAACAGAACAUGUGUGAACACAUCACGUGUGUGUAACGGUGUUCCCGACUGUCCCAGAGGAGAGGACGAACUGCUGUGUGGAAAGCCCAGUAUUUCUCCACUGCCCCCUGGUGACAGGAACACUACUCACACCUGUCCUGAGUUCACCUGCUUGGAUGGCUCCUGUGUCCCUUUCAAAUCAGUAUGUAAUGGAAUAGCAGACUGCCCUGAUACCGGAAGCCCCUCAGAUGAACAGGACUGUCGGAGUUGGGGCCCAUGGGGACCCUGGAGUCCCUGCAGCCACUCCUGUGGCUCUGGCGUUAUGAGCAGAUACAGACACUGCCCUGUGGGGGAUACGCUAACACACUGCAUUGGAGAUGAUACACAGAGACAGCAGUGCUACUCCACAGCUUGUCCUGUUGAUGGACACUGGUCAGCGUGGACGACAUGGUCUAACUGCUCUAAAGGUUGCGGGGGAGUGGAGAUCCGCAAAAGAGUGUGUGUUCCACCACAGAACGGAGGUCGUGCGUGCACUGAGCUGCCAGGAGACAAAGCCCAGAGCACCGAGAUCAAGCCGUGUCCUCAGGAUGCCUGUGUUAAUGUUUCCUGUCCUGCUGGUCUGGUCUCACACACUUGUGCUCCUUGUCCUUUGACUUGUGCUCAUAUAUCAAGUGAUACAUCCUGUGAUCCCAGUGCUCAGUGUUUCGCAGGUUGCUGGUGCCCAGAAGGGAAAGUGAUGAACCACAUGCAGCAGUGUGUGCUGCCAGAAGAGUGUGUGUGUGAGGUGUCAGGGGUCCGGUACUGGCCGGGGCAGCAGGUCAAGAUGGGCUGUGAGAUUUGUAGGUGUGAGAGAGGAAGACCGCAGCACUGUCAGCCCAACCCAGAGUGUUCAGUUCACUGUGGUUGGUCAUCCUGGUCCCCGUGGGGUGAGUGUUUGGGUCCAUGUGGGGUACAGAGUGUCCAGUGGUCUUUUCGCAGCCCAAAUAAUCCCUCCAAACAUGGCAAUGGCAGACAGUGCCGUGGUAUAUACCGGAAAGCCAGACGCUGUCAGACAGAGCCGUGUCAAGAUUGUGAGUAUCAGGGACGCACCCAUGCAGUGGGUGAUCGCUGGAAAGGAAGUAAUUGUCAGCUUUGCCACUGUUUACCCAACCUUAAAGUGCAGUGUGCACCUUUCUGCCCAUACACUACCACUGGAUGCCCACAGGGUCAAACUCUGAUACCAGGGGAAGAAAACAGGUGUUGCUAUUGUGAAGACAAUGCCCAGAAUGUCAGUACCAUCACAACAACCCCAGCAGUUCUGCCGAUCACUGUUGAGUCCUCCAUGGCACCAGAGGUCACACCAUUUGUGCUGACGUUUCCUCUCCCACCUGGAGAUGAGUGUUGGUCUCCGCUGGGAGUGCAGUCUCUCCCUACCUCCAGUUUCAGUGCCUCGUCACAGCAGCCUGAUCAUCCGGCCUCCGCAGGGCGCCUCCACUUUCAUGACCCUCACAGUGACCUGCAGGGCUGGAGCCCUGAACCUGAGGAGUACAGGGAGCUCGCUCCAUCUUCCCCUCAUGGCCAUACACACCACAGCCAGGCCCCUUACCUGCAGAUCGACCUGCUCAGACCAUACAACAUCACAGGAUUGCUUACUCAAGGUGGUGGACAGUUUGACACGUUUGUGUCCAGUUUCUACCUGCAGUUUAGCACUAACGGCAGCCAGUGGUUCACCUACAAAGAGCUCAUCACAGAUGCUCGCCCUAAAGCCAAGGUGUUCCUGGGUAACCAUGAUGAUCGAGGUGUUACGCAGAACAGACUAGACAGGAUGGUGUUAGCUCGGUUUGUGCGGGUGCUGCCUCAUGACUUCCAGAAUGGCAUUUACCUGCGAGUGGAGUUGAUGGGGUGUGGAGAUGAGUAUGAGUGGCUGUCUACUCCUGCUCCCACGGUGUCACUCAGGCCCUGCCGAGAGAUGGAGUUCCAGUGUGGGAAUGGCCGCUGUGUUCCUAGUGGACCACAGGGAGUCCUCUGUGAUGGGGUUAAUGACUGUGGAGAUGGUUCAGAUGAACACAGCUGUGGCACUCGACCAUCUCCUACCCCGAGCUCCAGAGGCUGUCCUAGAGGUCAGUUCUCAUGCCCUCCUCCAGGGGGUUGUAUUGAGGCUGCACAGCGCUGUGAUGGGCUUCCUCAGUGUCUGGAUGGAGCUGAUGAGAGGGGCUGUGGCUCUGAAACGAAUCGCACCCAUGUCACACCCACGCCUGUUCCACUCAGGACGCCCAGUAUGGCUGCUGUCAUGUCAGCAAAUACACCAACUACCGCUGCUACGCCUCAUGAAGAACCUGGCUCUCUGGAUAUCUGCUCUUCUCCUCUGGGACUGGAGGAUGGCCGUGUGCACUAUGGUCAGCUGACCGCCUCAUCAUCCAGAGAGAAUAACCCAGCUGACACGGGCCGCCUCAACAUCGUCCCUAAUGUUUUAGUGAUGGAACCAGGCUGGAGCCCUUUACCAGGAGACCCCCAGCCUUACUUCCAGGUGGAUUUUCUGGAGCCCACCUGGAUAUCAGGGAUAAUCACUCAGGGCAGUGAGCGCAUGUGGGGCUACCUCUCCAAGUACCGUCUGGCGUUCGCUCUGUCUGAGAACCACUUCACAGACUUUACUGAGAGUGGAGACAAGGGCUCAGCCCCAAAGAUUUUUGAGGUGCGGAUGGUAGGCAGGACACCAGUAACACGCUGGCUGGGUAGACUGGUGAGGGCUCGUUACCUGCGUAUCAUACCAGUGCAGUACCGCCACACUUUCUAUCUCCGAGUGGAGAUCCUGGGCUGCAGAGGAGAAGAAUUAGUCACUCCUGGCACUGCUGAAGUGACCACAGCGCCUUCUGGAGUUGGUGUAGUGACACCGAGUCUCUGUGAGCCUGGUCAGUUUGCCUGUGUGAACAGGGAGUGUGUGCCUGUGACAGCUCUCUGUGAUGGCAGGCCAGAUUGUGCAGAUCGUUCAGAUGAGCUGCACUGUGGCACAGUUCCCACUCCGGGAUUACCAGGUUUAUGGAAUCACACUGUAACAUCAGGAAGUCCUGGAUACCGGAACUACACAUCAGGAUCUCCAGGAGUACACACCAAGACUCCACAAGAUGGCCGUCCAGGAGUGGCGAGUGUUUCCCCCAUUGCUACUGGUGUACCUGGUAUUGGCCCUCAGGGACCGACUGGACAGCCAGGAUUGAGGAACAUAACGACACCUCAUGAUGGUGGUUUACCCAGAGUACUGUGCGUAGUGGGCCAGUUUUCCUGCAAAAGUUUUGGCUGUGUGGAUGCAACACUUGUGUGUGAUGGAAGAAAGGAUUGCCCAGACGGCUCAGACGAACAUCAUUGCGGUUCCUCCACAAUUCCUCCAUCAACACCUACACGUCGCCCCCUGGUGCCAAGUCCCUGCUCUGCCAAACAGUUCACUUGCAGCAGUGGAGAGUGUGUGCGUCUGGACAAGAAGUGUGACCUCCACAAAGACUGCGCCGAUGGCUCAGAUGAGAGAAACUGUGUGGACUGUGUGAUGUCUGCAUGGACUGCGUGGAGUCAGUGCAGCGUGUCAUGUGGUCUGGGUUCUCUGUUCCGGCAGCGUAAGAUCCUGAGGGAUGCUCGGCCCGGGGGCUCCUGUGGGGGAGCACAGUUUGACAGCAGAGCCUGCUUCCUCCAGGCCUGCCCUGUGGACGGACAGUGGGCUGAGUGGAGUGAGUGGUCAGAGUGUGAUGCUGAAUGUGGUGGUGGCCUGAAGAUAAGGAGCAGAUCUUGCUCAAACCCUCCACCCAAAAACGGUGGGAAAGAGUGUGAGGGGAUGACCAUGCAGACUCAGAGCUGCAACACACACCAAUGUGGAACUGGCACAGACUCACAGACAGGCUGCACUAAUGGCCUGGUGCUGGUGACAGACGCGGACUGUGCGGCGGGUAGAGUGGAGCCGUGCUCUUUGACCUGCUCAGACCUUAACUCUGAGACUAACUGCUCCUCCCACUGUAUAACAGGGUGUCGUUGUCCAGUUGGUUUGUUCCUUCAAGAUGGACAAUGUGUCAAUGUGAGCAAAUGUGCAUGCUUAUGGGAAGGGUCAGUGCUUCAACCGGGGGAAGAGGUCAUCAUAGACAACUGUACAUUUUGCAUGUGUCAAGAUGGUCAUGUCUCCUGUGACAACUCCAGCUGUAUCCCCAAAUGUGACUGGUCAGCCUGGUCGUCAUGGACCUCAUGUGAUAGCAGUUGCGGAAUCGGCAUACAGCAACGCUUUAGGUCAGUUCUGAGUCCUUCUGAAGCAGUGAAUGUAGAGCCAUGUGUUGGAGACUCUACAGAGGCACGGCAAUGCUACACACCCUGUCCACCAGGAGCUCCAUGGAGUGAGUGGUCUUCAUGGUCCGAGUGCAGUAAGACAUGUUUCUAUCACGUGGAUGCUGUGGGACUGAGACGCCGCUUUAGGAGCUGUAACCACACUGACUCCGCCUCCUGCUUUGGGGACGGGGAAGAGCAUGAGCCCUGUAACACAUUACACUGUCCAGUACAUGGUGGUUGGUCAGCAUGGUCUGCGUGGUCUGAGUGCUCGUCUGAGUGUGAUUCUGGGGUUCAGACGCGAGAACGUUUCUGUAGUUCUCCUCCCCCUCUGUAUGGAGGCAGCAGCUGCGUGGGACCUCACAUACAGACCCGAGACUGCAACUCCCAGCCCUGCACAGAUGUGUGUCCAAUUGGUAUGAGCUACUUGACUAAAGAGCAGUGCCAGGCACAGGGAGGAGCAUGUCCACGUGUGUGCCUUGAUGCUAUGACUUCGGUGGAGUGUGCCACAGAGUGCUAUGAUGGCUGCUACUGCUCCCCAGGCCACUACCUGUUUAACAACUCCUGUGUGCGUCUCAGCCACUGCCCCUGCUACCACCAGGGGGUGCUCUAUACGCAGGGUGCCAGUGUGCUGUACGAUGCCUGCAACAACUGCACUUGCAUUAAUGGAGAGAUGCAGUGUGGCACAGCUCCCUGCCCUGUUGAUUGUGGUUGGAGUGAGUGGACAUCCUGGAGUGCAUGCAGCAGGACAUGUGAUGUUGGCAUCAGGAGGCGGUACCGCUCAGGCACCAAUCCUCCGCCAGCAUUUGGGGGCCUUCCUUGUGUCGGUGACCGUGCUGAGCUAGACACAUGUAGCAUCUACCCUUGUAGUGGUGUGAAGGGCCCAUGGAGUGCAUGGUCUGAGUGCUCAGUGUCCUGUGGUGGUGGAUACAGGAGCAGAACCCGAGGUCCAAUCAGAUCUCACGGCACACCACAGCAGUUUAGCGCCUGUAACCUGCACCCUUGCAGUGAUGGCAGUGGCUGUGCUGGUGGUCAGGAGUGGACAGCAUGUGUAAGAGAGGUGCUGCUCUGCUCUGAUCUGGGGACGGAGACAGAAAUAAACUCCACCUGUUCACCAGGAUGUCAGUGCCCACAGGGUUCUGCACUACAGAAUGGGAGGUGUGUGUCUUUGCCUCUGUGUCGCUGUGAUGUAGAUGGUGAACAGUAUGAGCCUGGAGCUGUGGUCAAUAAAGACUGCAACAACUGCACUUGUGAAUCAGGAAGACUGCUAAACUGCACCCAAGUAGAGUGCAAUGUGGAUGGUGGCUGGUCAGCCUGGACUCCAUGGAGUGUGUGUUCAGUGUCUUGUGGUGCUGGCUUGCAGUCACGCUAUCGUUUUUGUUCCAAUCCCGAGCGGGCCGGUGCUGGACUUCCCUGCCUCGGCCCAGACCGCCAGGAUCAAGCGUGCGUCCAGACAGCAUGCAGCCGUAAUGGAGGAUGGAGCGAGUGGACAUCCUGGACAGAGUGUACCAAGUCAUGUGGUGGGGGUGUGCGCAGCCGCCGGCGUGAAUGUGACAACCCAGCCACUGAGGGAGACGGAGACUUCUGUGAGGGCCUAAAAACCGAGCUUGUGGCCUGUAACACAGAGCACUGCCCAGUGACUCAGUGCUCAGAGGUUACAGGCACUGUGUUCAGUAGCUGUGGACCCUCAUGUCCCCGCACCUGCGAUGAACUGACUCACUGUGAGUGGCGUUGUGAGCCUGGCUGUUACUGCAUUGAUGAAAAAGUGUUGAAUGUAAACGGUACAGCGUGUGUAGAGAGAGAGCAAUGUCCCUGUCUGGACCUGACCACUGGCCAGCGCAUUGAGCCUGGAGAGACAGUCCUCACUCCUGAUGGCUGCAACAACUGUACCUGUGAUGGAGGUCAGCUCACAUGUAGCAACAAUCCAUGUCCAGCGGAUGGAGGCUGGUGUGAGUGGUCCAGCUGGACUCCGUGCUCUAAGACAUGUGGUGCUGAGUGGGUCUCUCGAUACAGGAGCUGUGCUUGUCCUGUGCCAGUGGCAGGAGGGGCAGCAUGUCCAGGCCAACAAGAGGAGCACCAGGGCCUCGGAGUGCAAAUAGAAAGACAGCCCUGUCCUUCAGUCACCUUUUGCCCAGUCCACGGUUCAUGGGGAUUGUGGAGUGAAUGGUCGGAGUGUGAUGCAUGUGCGGGUGUGUCUGUCAGGAAGCGAGAGUGUAACAGCCCCCCUGCUAGAUUUGGAGGUCUGCCAUGCCACGGCGAGUCCCUCCAGAGUCGAGGUUGCUAUGACAACCAAACCGUCUGCUCAGACUGUGGUGGCAGACAGGAGGAGUGGCCUUGUGGGAAACCGUGCCCUCGCUCAUGUGAAGAUCUCCAUGGUGACACUGAGUGUAUAGACACAUCAGGGUGCAGUCCAACCUGUGGUUGCCCGGGUGACAUGGUUCUGCAGGAUGGAGUGUGUGUGGAGAGAGAAGAGUGCCGGUGUAAAUUCCACAACAGCACUACUGCAGAUUUAAAUAUCACACACACAGCGUGGGAGUGGCCAGGCAAGACAGACUGGCAAUACGCAAAUUCAGGAGAGAGCAUCAUCACAGACUGCAGCAACUGUACGUGUGAAGCUGGUGUCUUGCACUGUGACUCACUUCCUGGUUGUAUCGUUGAUGGUGCGUGGAGCCAGUGGGGACCGUGGUCAGAGUGUUCGGCCCCAUGUGGGGGUGGAGUCAAGCUGCGGAUUCGUCAGUGUAAUAACCCCGCCCCUCAGGGAGGUGGGAGAGAAUGCAGUGGUACUGCUGAUCAGCAGAAGGAGUGUAACAGUCAUGCCUGCACAGACUCCGGGAUGUGGUACGACUGGUCGGCAUGGUCUGUGUGUUCUGUCACCUGUGGAGGAGGAGAACAGAGACGCACUCGUUCCUGCCGCACUCCUCCAUGCACCGGCAUGACACGCCAGAGCAAGACAUGCAACACACAAGUGUGUCUGGAGGUGGGCUGCCCUCCAGGUCGUCUGUACCGGGAGUGCGAGAGAGGCGAGGGCUGUCCAUUCAGCUGUGCUCAGCUCAGUGGGCUUGAAGGCUGUUACUCUGAGGGUUGUGAGGAGGGAUGUCACUGUCCACCCAACACCUACCAGCACCACGGAGUUUGCCUACAGGAGUGUCCUUGCCUUGUAGACAGCGAGCUCUUGUCCUCACUUCAAAGAGUGUCUGUGACCCCGGAGUUAACCCCGGACCUCUACAACAUUACCAUAGGAACAGAGCUAAGGUCUGGAGAAGAGCUGAUGCAUGAGUGUAGCUCCUGUUUGUGUGAGCACGGCCUUUGGAACUGCUCUCUAGUACCCUGUCCUCGUGAUGGUAGUCUGAGUCCUUGGGGUCCCUGGGGUCCCUGUUCACUCAGCUGUGGGGGUCUGGGGCAGAAAGUGCGCAGUAGGAGCUGCACUAAUCCAAGCCCAGCUUAUGGAGGUCAAGACUGUGUGGGAGAUCUGCAGGAGAUAGCAUAUUGCCAGACCCCAGACUGCCCAGUGGAUGUGCUUCCUACAGGCGAACCUCCCCUAUCAGAUGAGGACCUGGGGUUCACCCAGUGGACAUCAUGGAGUUCCUGUUCUAAGUCCUGCAAUAUAGCAGGUCACCCUGCUCUCAAGUUUCGUCAGAGAGAGUGUAUCAGUGCACCAUGCACAGGACAAAACAGACAACAGAAAGUCUGCAACCUCCCUCAGUGUCCUGAUGGUGGAGUGUGUGUAGAUGAGGCAUGUUCCCAUAGAAACUGCUCGUGGACGGAGUGGGGAGAGUGGAGUGUGUGUUCACGCUCCUGUGGUGUUGGUCAGCAGCAGCGCUUCCGCAGCUUCAUCGCCCCUGGGAUUAACGGAACCUGGUGUUCUGGCAUCACUGAUGGCAAUGUGGAGAACCGCUUCUGCAACAUCCGGGCCUGCCGUGUGGAUGGGAGCUGGUCUCGCUGGAGUCCGUGGUCACACUGUGAUAAGUCUUGCGGUGGUGGUCGCUCUAUUCGCACUCGUUCCUGCUCCAGCCCUCCGCCCAAAAAUGGGGGAUUUAAAUGUCUUGGAGAGAAGAACCAGGUCAAACCCUGCAACACCAAACCAUGUGAUGAGCGUGGAUGCCCACUGGGUCAGGAGUUUGUGCCCUGUGCCAAUGAGUGCCCUCAGCGUUGCUCCGACCUACAGCAAGACAUUCAGUGCCAGGACAAUACUGAGUGCCAGCCAGGCUGCCGCUGCCCUCAGGGUGAGCUGCAGCAGGAUGGGGUGUGUGUGAAGCUGUGGCAGUGUGACUGCGUAGAUGCACUCGGGCAAAGCUGGGCUGCAGGUAGUCAGCACCAAGUCGACUGCAACAACUGCAGCUGCGCAGACGGAGUGCUCUCCUGCACCAACCUCACCUGUGCGGGAAAGAGCAGCUGCUCCUGGAGCUCGUGGUCCAGCUGGGCCUCCUGCAGUGUUACCUGUGGGGCAGGACAGAGAACACGCUUCAGAUCACUGAUUCCCGAGACUCCAGAUGCCGACUGUCAGUUCGAGGAAGUUCAGCACAAGCCAUGUGACCCAGGUCCCUGCCCACCACUGUGUCUCCAUGACAACCAGUCGCUGUCUGUUGGUGACACAUGGUUAGAAGGGGAAUGUAAACAAUGCACAUGUAUUCCUGAAGGAAAAUAUUGCCAGGAUAUUUACUGUCGAGUGGAUGGAGGCUGGACUCCGUGGUCUGUCUGGUCUGACUGUUCUGUGACGUGCGGUCGAGGAAAUCAGAUCCGCACUCGGGCCUGUAUAAACCCUCCGCCACGAAACAAUGGCACACACUGUCCCGGGCCAGAGAGAGAGACGCAGCACUGCCACGUUGCUCCCUGCCUCGAUGACCUGUGUCCAUGGUCCAGCUGGUCUUCGUGCUCUCGGAGCUGUGGUGCAGGAGUGGUGUCCAGGCGUAGGCACUGUUUGUGUGAAGAGGCAGGUGAUCAUGCCUGUCCCAUUUCCAUAGAGACAGACAGACACAGAGAGGAGACUCGCCUGUGCUACAAGCGGCCCUGCCCAGACUGUCCCAUGUCUGAGUGGAGUGAGUGGACAGUGUGCUCCUGUGUAUCUCAGUGGCAGCAGCGCUAUCGUGUGCCACUGACUUUGGCCACUAGCGGGCAGCAAUGCACAGAAAUUGAGAAGGAGAGCAGAGCCUGCAAACCUCAGGACUGCCAGGAAUGUAUGGAACCGUUCCAGCCGGACUGUGGUUCUCCAUGUGAGAAGCAGUGUGUAUUGCAAGGGCAGGUGGACGCAUGCGUGGGGCAGUUGGGGUGUAUAGACGGCUGCUACUGCCCUCAGGGUCUCCUUCAACAGAAUGGGACAUGUGUGGCUCCAGAACAGUGUGGCUGUGUUCACCUCGUCCAGCAGGACACAGGCUCACCUGUCCCUGUCACUGUCCCACAGGGUGGGGUGCUCAAUAUAGGCUGUAGAACAUGUUUAUGCCAUAACGGGUCUUUGCAGUGUGAUUCUCGAGAAUGCGAAGUGUCACUCAGUGAGUGGUCAGAGUGGACCCCCUGCUCUCCGUGUGUUCCUGCCUCCUCUCUCUUCCACUCCGACUCUGCCAUGAGUGAUGGUGGAGAUGUCAGUGGAGGUCUAGGAAUGCCUGAGACAGCUCUGGUGUCAGUGCAGAGGCGCUACCGAGCAUGUCUGGAUGUGGACACUGGGUUACCUGUCAGUGAGAGAGGGGGGGAGUGCUCCAAACCCCUGCAGGAGGAGAGGAUCUGCCCCCAACCUGAUGUCUGCAAAGACCCAUGUCAGUGGAGUGUGUGGGGGCCGUGGAGUGUGUGUCAGGAGCCAUGUAGUGGAGGAUUUCGCCAGCGUGAGCGAACAGCCCUGGCACCAACCCUCGGACCACAGUGUACAAGACGGCAGAGCCAAUCACAGAGCUGCAACACCGGCCUCUGUCCAAGUGAGCGCUGUGAAGACAGGGGGCGGGUCUACGAGGCUUCCUGUGCCAAUCACUGUCCUCGUAGCUGUGCUGACCUUUGGGAGCAUGUGCAGUGCCUGCAGGGAGUCUGUCACCCAGGUUGUAGGUGUCCUGAUGGUUGGUUGCUGCAGGACAGGGAGUGUGUGAGAGUGUCAGAAUGUCGCUGUGGGCUUCCUACAGAGAACAGUACACUCGAGUUUACGCCUGGAGAGAAUGUCACAGUCGAGUGCAACACCUGUGUGUGUGUGAAUGGGUCACUGGUGUGUACGGACCGGCCCUGCCCCAUUUACGGGUCAUGGGGUUCCUGGAGUGAGUGCUCAGUGUCAUGUGGGACAGGACAGAGGACACGAACACGUCCCUGCACACACAAACCCGGUGGCCCUAGCUGUGGAGAGACCAUUCAGAGCCAAAACUGCACCCUGCUUGCAUGUCCAGCUGACUGUGUGCUUAGUGAGUGGUCCUCCUGGAGUGAGUGCAGCGCCUCCUGUGGUGGAGGAGUGUCAGUGCGCAGGAAGACUAUUCUGCAGAAGUCUGAGCCUGGAGGAGUGGCCUGCUUGACUCCUAUUGAGCAGCACACUGCCUGCAACACCAACAGCUGCCUGCCUGAGUGUCCUCCAGGUCAGGUUUUCAGUCUAUGUCCAGGUUCGUGCCCAUUUUCCUGCCAGGAUCUGUGGCCUGAGAGCCAGUGUGUGCCGGGACCCUGCAACCCUGGCUGCUCCUGCCCCCCUAACAUGGUUAUGCUUAAUGGAUCAUGCAUGCCCUACUCUGAGUGCCCUUGUUCCCCACUGUCUCUGCCACUGGGGUUGGCCAAUGUCACACUGGACCCCCUGCAGGAAGAGUUUCCCCCUGGAACCAUUAUACCACAUCUCUGCAAUGCCUGUGUGUGUGAAAAUGGAGUAUUCAACUGUACGGAGGAGUCAUGUAAUGUGGACUGUGAAUGGAGCAGCUGGUCCGAGUGGAGUUUGUGUUCAGUGUCAUGUGGCUCUGGAGUGCAGAGUUCUAGUCGCUCUGUUGUGCAGCCCAGGCAGUAUGGAGGACGUGAGUGUGAAGGCCCUAGUCACAGGAGCAGAGUGUGUACAGGGCCUGACUGUGUGUGUCCAGAGGGAGAGCGUUGGAGACGGAGCAUGUCUGAGUCAGAGCGCGUGUGUGACAGAGGCUGCGUGGACAUGUACAGCCCUGAACCGCUGAACUGCACUGAAGUGAGCAGGCUCUCUGAGGGCUGCGUGUGUGAGGAUGGGCGCUAUCGUGACGCAGAGGGCCGGUGCGUGAUUCCUGCUCUCUGUCAGUGCGAGGGGGAGGACGGCAUACUGAGAGAGCCUGGCUCUGAGUGGGAAGAAGCAUGCCAAACUUGUCGCUGUGUAAAUGGCCUAAAGCAGUGUAAAGCCAGCUGCCCUCCACUUUUGUGUGACGAGGGUGAAGUCAAAGUGCUGGAGGACGGACAGUGUUGCCCUGUCUGCAGGAAAGUGUACACAGAUGAUCCGCUCUCUCAGUGUCACCGCCACACUGAGAUCAGGAACAUCACCAAGGGCGAUUGCCGCCUAGACAAUGUGGAGGUCAGCUUCUGCAGGGGGCGCUGUUUGUCCGGAACGGAUGUCAUUCUAGAGGAGCCCUACCUACAAGCCGUGUGUGACUGCUGCAGUUACAGGCUGGACCCCCAGACUCCUGUGCGCUUCCUCAGCCUGCACUGUUCUAGUGGAGAAAGCGAGCCUGUGGUGCUGCCCGUCAUACAGAGUUGCGAGUGUACCAGCUGUCAGGGAGGAGAUCUGGCCAAACGUUAAACACUUUUGGAGGAACUGACAGCUUGGGAGAAGAAAGAAGUCAAAUCUUUUGAACACCUCCAGUAUAUUUUUAAGUAGCUUGUAGUCAUUAUAUGACUGAAUACUUUUUAUAGAGUACUUUCUGAAGCUCUCAGACAACUGUACAGGUUUUAAAUUAUGGCUUUUAUGUCUUAAUGUCUUUUAUGUUUUUUAGUCACUCACACACACACACACACACACAUUACAUUACAUAUAUAUUAUUUUGUACCUGAUAUUAAGUGACACAGUUAAACCUCAUGCUCUCAGCGCUCUGCUUUAUGACCAAAGAUAUUUCUGUUCUUCUGAAACAAUAAGUAAUUUAAAAUGUGUAAUUCUUUUUACUUUUUUCAUUUUCAUUAUAGAAUAUCUAUUUAAAAAAACUGUAUGUACCAUGCAUUUAUACAUAAUUAGUCAUAAACCUAAGGCAUUAUUAAUAAUAAA